AUGGCGGCGCUGUACACAAAUGCUGCGARCAUUUUGGAUAAGAUUUUAAAAAAGAAAGGAACUUUAAAAUCUUUGGUGAUUGAAAAUGGAUUUUCAAAUAAGAAGAAACUGUAUGCUUUGGURUGCGAGACUUUGAAAUAUCGGACAAUCAUUGAAGAAAUUAUGGAGAUUUCUAACCUUAAAAAACAUGAAAAACAGCUCAAAAACAGCCUAGCUUUAGUACUGGUCUAUGAGUGUCUUUUUGGCCAAGGUCUGAAGUGUGGAGGAAGGUUUAAGCAAGUCAUAAUGAGAAACAGGUCAAGUYUUAAUGCUGCACUGGCAAGAAUAAAGAUCAAAGCUAAAGUCACAAAUAAUGCUGACCUCUUACCAAAGAAUGUUCUAACUGCAGCAUCAAUUCCAAGGUAUGCCAGAGUUAAUCUCUUGCAAGCUUCCAUUGAUGACAUUCUGGAGCAAUUCAGCAAUGAGGGUUAUGUUGUAAAAACAUCCCCAGAAAACUUGGAAAAGGGAGACAAGUCAGUGUAUUUGGAUCCUCACAUCCAAGAUGUGCUUGUAUUUCCACCUGGUACAGACUUACAUAACCAUCCAUUGUACAACAAAGGGCACAUCAUUCUUCAAGACAAGGCAAGCUGCCUGCCUGCUCACAUCUUAAACCCACCUCCGGGCUCCCACGUUAUUGAUGCCUGUGCAGCWCCUGGUAACAAGACGAGCCAUCUGGCAUCUCGCAUGAGCAACAAUGGACACAUUUUUGCAUUUGAUACUGAUAACCAGAGACUUAAAGUAAUGAGAAAGUUGAUGCAGACUGCUGGUGUURAAUGUGCCUCAAUGACAAAUAUGAGCUUUUUGAAGGUUGAUCCAACUGCAGAAGARUACAAGAAGGUCGAGUACAUUGUAGUUGAUCCUUCUUGUUCAGGUUCUGGUAUUGUAAGUAGAAUGGAUCCUUGCACUGAUCAGUCAGAGGCAGAAGAGCUAAAACAGAGGCUUGAAUCUCUCUCUCAGUUUCAACUUUCUGCUGUUGUCCAUGCUUUGUCGUUCCCAGCUGUCAAAAAAGUUGUAUAUUCAACAUGUUCAAUUCAUCAAAAGGAAAAUGAAGAUGUUGUAUUACAAGCACUGAAGAAGUUCAGUGGAGUGUUUGAAUUAUCACAAAUCAUGGAUAACUGGACACAAAGAGGAUUKCCUGUAUUUCCUGGAGCGGAAAAGUGUAUCCGCGCUUCUCCAGAACUCACCAAGACCAAUGGUUUCUUUGUCGCUUUGUUUACAAGAAUUCAAGAUAAAAGAAGUAUAACAAAACUUGUGAAUGUCACAGAAGAAAACUGUUCUUUGGACGACAUAAACGAUAAGCAACAAAAAUGCUUUAAAGAUGCUGAUACACUUAAAAGAAUGAGGGAUAGGAGUACAAAGAAAUCAAACAGAAAGAAGAGGAAAAAGAGCAAUUUGUGUGAUGGUACUCCAGGAGCAAAACAAUCUGCGAAAGGCAUAAAUGAUAAGCCACGAACAAUCUUUGAAAAUGCUUAUAAAGUGAAUAGUGGUAUCGAUAGUAAGAAACAUAAGAGAAAGAAGAGUAAAAAGGACACUUUCUGUAAUGACACUCCAAGAACGAUUCAACCUUCAGACGGCAUACAGAAACAGGCAAGCUUUGAAGAUGCUAAUGCGCUGAAGCGAAGAAGUGAAAGUAACUGGAAGAAACUAAAGAAAAAGAAAAGAAAAAUGGUCGCUUGAUAUAAUAACAAUGCAGUAGCUAAACUUCGCUGAAAAACAGAUAAGAUAUAAGCAAAAACCAUCAAAUUUUUGCUAAUCAUAGAUUGUAGUAAAAAAUACUGAAAUAGGUAUUACAGUAAUACACUCAAGUACGCCAUAAUUGUAAUGUUUUCUUUGUAUUUGACUAAUAGACUUUAAAAGUCCAAUUUYGUUUCACGGGUUAAAGGACUUCCACCCUCUCCACCCAAUAUAACAGCGACAUCAAGACWGUUUUCAAAUGCUUUUAUUGGAUAAUUUCAUUGCUAUUUUACACUGUUACCAAAUUGACCUGGGAACUCAAAGUGUAAAAACUGUUUCAAUAGCCAUUUCGUACAGAGUGUACAUCUAUGUUUUGGGACAAUUGUAUUUUAAGUUACUUGAGUAUUGUGAAUCAUGUCAGCCGAAUCAGUAGUUUUACCUUAAAAACAUAGACCUAAAAAAAAGAAAAUAAGCGUUAGGUAAAAUAAUGUAGUAUAAUGCAAUUUUAAGAAAUUAUACAUAUACAUUUUUGAAGCAUAGAGUCAACGCUGUAAAGCCGUGAAAUUGGACAAAUUCGUUAAACAAAUUUUGCAUGGAGUUGUGCAUAUACUAGAAKUGAAGCAUUCGUUGAAUGGGCACCAAUUACUAUAAUGUAAUGCCAAAGACAUUUCACGGAUUUAGAGCAUUUCUCCUCAAGGAACAAUCAUUAAAAUUUGACAUUCACUAA